AUGACUGCAAAGAAGUUGUAUAUCGCAUGCAAAGCUAAUCCAUACUAUGUAACGCCUUUCGCGCUCGCCAGCGCCGUCUUUGGCUUCACCUUCUCCCCAGAAGCUUCCCGCUGCAGACCAUACUGCAACACAUACUACAACAAGAUGACCGACACAUUCUCCGUGGACCUCCCCACGGCCAUCUGUCUCCUCUUCUCCCUGGGGAUGAUGCCAACCGCCUACUUCCUCACCAAUUACCUCCUCCCCGUCAAUAAAACCAAGGGUCGCGACCGCUUCCUCUUCGCCUGGCACACCUACGAUGCCCUGACUCACAUCUUCAUUGAGGGUUCCUUCCUUUGGGAAUGCUUCACGAGCUGGGCUCCCGUCGCCGGCAUCCACAGCACAGAACCCUUCUUCCUCAAUCGGCCCGAUCGCAACUACGGUCCCGCAUACGGCACCGGUCCCUUUGCGCGUCUGUGGCAGGAAUACGCUAAGGCUGAUCGUCGCUGGGCUGGCGCUGAUAUUACCGUCGUGUCGCUGGAGCUUUUGACUGUUAUUCUGGGUGGACCGGCUGCUAUCUACAUCUGUUAUUUGAUUGUGAAGGCCAAUAGCAAGCUUGCAUCGCAGGUGCGUGGGGCUGUCAAGGCUAAGCUUUGGUUUGCUUCGGCUGUGCUUGCAACUGCGGAACUUUAUGGAGGUUUUAUGACUUUUGCGCCAGAGUGGUUGACUGGCUCGACUCAGCUUGCAACACACGAUUUCGUUUACAUGUGGUUGUAUCUUGUCUUCUUCAAUGGGCUUUGGGUGUGUAUUCCCCUUUGGGUCCUGUUGCAGGCCUGGGUGGAGAUGAAGGCUGCCUUUGUGAUGAAGGAGGGCGUUGAGAAGGCUGAGCACCGGAAGAGGUAUUAG